ACAAUCUUGAUUAGAGAAAGAAAAAGGAGAGAGAAAGUGAAGAAUUAGGGAGAGGCCAUGGCGGCGUGGCAGACCUGUAAUUCUGCGUCUUUAAUGCAAACAACACAACCUCAGCCUUGAAAGAGAGCCAAUUCUCUCUCUCUCUCUCUCUUAAAAAAAAGUCAUCGCCCCCCACCCACUCAAUCUCUCUCUCUCUCUCCUCACCUCAAAAUAAAGCUGCCACUCUCUUUCUCUCUCUCUCUCUCUCUACAAAAUAAAAAAGCAAAUUACACCCUAAUUCAUUCCCGUUGUUUGGGCUAUCUUUGUUAUUACUACAACUUUCCCACCUCAGAAAUUGUCUGCCUCAAAACCCACAAUCCAAGAAUCCCAAAAACGGCCGCUCCCACCAGUCAUUUUCACCAUGACAACAUGGCCGGCUUCUUCUCACUAGGCGGCGGCGGAGGCGGCGGUGGAGGCACCUCCGCCGCCGACCGAGACCAAGACGGCCAGAGCAGCAACAACAACCCGGACAUCAACCCGGAGAGCUGGUUCCUCUACCGAAACGACGAGAUCCCAUCCUACCGCGGCUUCGAGCUCUGGCAGCCGCAUCAGCCGCAGUUGCAGGAUCUGUACGCCUCAGCGGGUGGGCUCGCGGUCGGGCCCAGCCGCGGCGGGUUCAGCAUCACCGAAGAGUCAGGCCGCCCCGGGUUUCUCAUGAUGAGAAGCGGCGGAGGAGGAUCAGGCGGAGGAAUCAGCUGCCAAGACUGCGGCAAUCAGGCGAAGAAGGACUGCUCGCAUAUGAGGUGCAGAACGUGCUGCAAGAGCAGGGGAUUCCAGUGCCAGACCCACGUCAAGAGCACGUGGGUCCCCGCUGCCAAGCGCCGCGAGAAGCAGCAGCAACUCUCCGCGCUCCAGCAGGAAGGGAAGGAGAGGGAUCACUCCUCCAAGAGGCAAAGGGAGAACAAUAAUAAUAAUAAUAAUAAUCCCAGCAGCUCCAACUCCCUCGUCUGCACGAGAAUACCUACUUCCGCUACUGGGUUAGAGUUGGGGAAUUUUCCGUCGGAAGUGAACGCGGAGGCGGUGUUCCGGUGCGUGAGGGUAUCAGCAAUCGACGACGCGGAAGAUCAAUACGCGUACCAAACCGCCGUCAACAUCUCCGGCCACGUCUUCAAAGGAAUUCUCUACGAUCAAGGCACCGAAACGCAGUACAUGGCCGCCGGAGAGACCUCCUCCGGCGGCGGAAGCGUCCAGCAGCUCAAUUUAAUCGCCGCCGCCACCUCCACCGCCGCAGCUUCGCCUUCCCCUUAUUUGGACCCCUCUUUAUACCCAGCUCCCCUUAAUAGCUUCAUGGCCGGUACGCAAUUCUUCCCACCACCAAGAUCUUGAAUUAGUUACAUCAAAAAUAAAAUUACAAAUUCAUAAAUUCCACAUUUUCCCCUUAACUUAAACUUAAUCCUAUAUAAUAUCCUCUUAUCCAGAAGGUGAAACACAGAUUAAUUAGAGCUUAAUUUGAGGUUUUUGUAAGAAAACAUAGUAGGAUUAUUUGUGGUGGUCUUUGUUGUAAAAAUCCCAUUAUUAAUAUUGGAUUGGAAAUUCAGGGGAUUUAUGUCUGGAUUUUUUAGUUUGUAAUUCCUAUGCUUCUCUUUUUUAAUUUAUAUACCAAUCUUUGAUGAUUGAAUUGUUUGUCUCAAUGAAAUACUUUGGUUGAAUAAAAUGUUAAUAUUCCUAUGCA